CUGGCGGUGACUGGAGCCGGAAUCGUCUUUGCCGCAGUCCCUGGCAUCAUCACGGGCCCUAUUCUGGGAGUUGCCCAUCUCCUCGGCUUCACCUCGAGCGGAGUCGCCGCAGCUUCAGUUGCUUCAGGAGCUCAAGCAGGCAUCGGAAACGUUGCCGCCGGAAGUGGCUUUGCGGUGCUGCAGAGUGCCGCAGCUGGAGGAUAUGGCACGGCAAUCCUGACGGGUAUUGUCCAGACCGUAGGAGGGGUUGCAGCCGCUGUUGGA